AUGUCUGGACCCUUGGAGUCAGAGUUUUUAUUAAUCAGAAGGCGGGACUUAGAGCGUCUGACCACGGAAGUGAUGCAGAUGAAGGAGUUUCUGCCCAAGAUCCUUAAUCAAGAUCUGCUGGAGAGUGUACAGCGGCUGGAGGUGGCUGAGAGCGCUUUGGAGGAGAGAGAACAGGACUGUGAACAUAUCCAGGCCCGAUUACAGGCGACUCAGAAUGAAUGUUUAAGAGCCAAAGAAGAGAAUCUGUCUCUGCUUCUCCAGGUGACUGAGCUCCGAGAACAGAAUGUCCAGCAGGUUGACUUCUGCUCUGAGAUGGGGUCUGCGCUCUGCACAUUGUUGUGGGGAGUCUCUAACAGGGAGGAGACAGUAAGGAGCAUCCUAGGAAUGGAUACGACCGCCGAGUUCUUCAGCUUGGCCGGGCAGACUGUGAGCAGGUUUGUGGAGUCCUUUGCAGUCGAUCAGAAUGAAGACACAGAAGAAAGUCGCUUUGUCCUUGGUCUGGCGGGUACCAUCACAAACGUGGCUGCUGUGUCCUGUGGACGGAGUUUCCUGAUGUCUUCCUGCAGAGAUCUGAUGGAGAAGUGGAUCCUGCUUCUCAGAGAGAUCCGGUCCGGGAGCCACUGCCAGCUGAGAGUUCUCAUCCUGAUGUCUCUUUACAAUGUCUCCAUUCAUCAUGACGGUCUUCUGUGGAUGAGUCGGUAUCCGGGAAUUAUGUCUCAGCUUCAGCAGCUUCUGACGGGUGAGCGGAAAAAAUCGGUGUGCAGGGGGCAUGUCAGGGCAGGUGUUUGACAGCUCCGCCCCCUGUACUGCAGCGCUCUCAUCAGAAGUGACAGCUCCGCCCCCUGUACU